AGUUGGCUGAAAAUGCUGAACAUUUCAUCAAACCAUUUACCUUAUUACAAAUUAAAUUGACACGUAAUUCGUAUAAAAUCAAACGUAACGUUAUUAAAUCAAGUUAAGAAACUUAACACUCCCCCUCCCCCCCCAAUCUAAUCAUGCGUUAUGCGAAAUGUCUCGGUUCUCUGAACGUUACUACAGCCUUGGUCUAUUAUUAUUACAUAUUCGGAAAUGUAAUCGCCGCCGCCGACGAUGAUUCUAACCGCAACUUUGAACGCAUGUACAAAUGGAAGAAUUUACGAGAAGGCUUCCAAGAGGCGAAAAUCUCCAGGAAACCGAUAUUUCUGCUGAUCCACAAACCGGGCUGUCCGACUUGCGAGAAAUUGAAGCCUCGAUUCACCAAUUCGAUCAAAAUCCUCAAUCUAAGCCAGCAUUUUGUUAUGGUGAGUAUGAAGAAAGAUGAGAUUUCCGCACAAGACGAAGCAAAAUUUGAACCGGACGGAACCUAUGUUCCAAGGAUCCUCUUCUUCACUUCGGAUGGCAAAUUUAUGAAAGAUGUUUAUAAUCGUCAUUCAAAAGCCAAUGAUAAAUAUAAAUAUUUCUACAAUAAUCCAAGUCAAAUAAUAGAUAGUAUGAUUUUGGCAUUGGAACUUUCUUCCGAAGAACGAUACUCUUGACGAUAAAACGGAGAUGAAGAAGUAAUACUCAACUUUUCAAUCUGACUUUGUUGCUGUCAUUACAAUGAUAGUUGGACGUAGCUGAAAUAAAUUUAUUUUGUUACAAAAAAUAUAACACUUUCUUAAAUUAUAGUCAGA